UCAACCAUUUUUGUGUUGCGUUGCGCGAAAACAGACGAGAAUAUUUUUACCAUAUUUGGAGUAAUAUUGAUAUAAUUGAUACUUGUGGUUGUUUUAAUACAUUUUUGUGUCUUUUUAGAGUUAUUAUGAUAUGAUUGUACACGUGAAUGGACGUUCUGUAAUAAUAUCUGCGAGGAAGAGUUUACGAGUUCCACACCCGGGUAAUCCAGCUUAAAAACUGGUAUAUCGAAGUUUAUCGCGAUAAUUUGCAUAAUACACCGUGUAUUAUUAAUGCAGAACUUGCUAAUUUGAGUUCUUGCCGUAGCAAAUUUAACAGGCAGCAAUGUUUGCCAGUUUGAAAAGUAAAAUAAAGGAGGAGACUGGAAGUGACAUCAGUAAAUUAACUAGCAGUUGGCGUAGCGGAGCUUUUUUGGGUCGGAUUACACUAAGAGAUGAUUCGUCUACAGCAAGUCCAUCAAGCUCUGGUGGACAUGGAGAUUCCACUUCUGAUUCAAUAUCCCCACAAUUGGAGUCAUACCUGUCAGACCGAACUGGUGGGCAAGUGGACCAGGUAGCCCUACAACAGCAGUACACAGCACAACUGGAAGCCAAACUAAAAGAGAGGGAUGUCUACUGGGAACAGAAGAUUGAAGAGUUGAAGUUGUCUUUGGCUUCUGUACAGGGUGAAGAAGCAGUAGCAGCACAAGCCGUAGCUCGUACAGCUCAGGCUGAAGCAGCCAAAGCUGUCACAGAGAGAGCGGCCGCUGAGAAACAAUUGAAUGAGUUCCGGAAUCGACUGGCUGCUGCGGAACGAGCACAGGACCGCCUUGAUGCCCUUACUGAGGAGUUGGAACAGUCUCGGCGCGAGUGGGCGCGUGAGCGGUCGGAGUUGACAGCGGCGCUGGGCGCGGCGGAGGCGCGGGCGCGGGACUUGGCCGACGAGCUGGCGGUUGUUAGGGCCGCGCUGCCGACCGACAGUGACCACCAUCACAUGCACGAUGACGAUAAGCGGGAACUAACGCCAUCGGGGUGCGAGUCAUACGACCGUGUGUGCAGAGAGCGUGCAGUUCUAACGAGACAGCUGCAAGAGGCCAAGAUGGCGCUUGCUGACGUGAAGACGUCGUGGAACGGCCAGAUCGCAUCGCUGGAGACGCAGGUGGCGCGGCUAUCGCGGCAAGCGGGGGAGGAGGGAGCCGAGAGGAGACGAGUGGAGAAUGAGAAGAGAGAGAUGCAAGAGAAACUACUCAAUAUGGCCGCCGAGAUUGAGAAGACUAAGCAGCAAUUGGCGAAUAGUGAAGCUAAGGAAAAGACAAUGGACCUAGAGAAUAGGAUCGCAACAUUGACAGAAGAAAAUAAGGAACUGGCUGCGGCUCUGGAGAAUGAACGGACCCUGGUGAAGAUUCUCAGGGAGAAAUUGGAGAAGUCGAGCCAGCUGCAUGACGACUCCAAGACGGAGGUCAACCACCUCAACUCCUUGCUGACAGAGAUGCAACAUGACUACAUUGAUAUGCAGAGGAAGUUUGACAAAGAAAAACGCGAGAAAGACGAGGCAUUGCUGCGUAACGCUCACAUGUCGCAGUCGAUAGAGAUGAGCCAAUGCAACGUGCGGUACCAGGAGACUGAGAUCACCGACCUGAAGGCCAAGAUUGCUGAGCUGGAAGCUCUGCUGGCGCAGCAUAAAGAGAACCAAGCGGCGUGCAUGUUGAUAAAAGAGCACGAGGAAACUCGCAAGACUGAAAUAGAACAACUGAAACGGCGGAUAGACGAAGCGACUGACAGUGAAAACGCACUCAAAAAGACUAUACAAGACUUAGAAACCGAAAUCUGUGAUAAAAAUAAGAAAAUAAAGACUCUAGACAACCGGAUAUCAGAUAUGAAGAAGACCUUACAAAGAGAACUGCAGCAGAGCAGUAAGUCUGACCUCACCUCAGUGGAAGAACAAGACAUUAGCAGACGAUACCUAAAACACGUAGUGCUCCGGUUCCUCACAGCCCGGGAACUCGAAGCGCGACAGCUAACAAGGGCUCUCUCCGUGUUGCUGAGGCUGUCAGCUCACGAGGAGGCACUCUUACGGUCCGCCCUCCCCCCGCGAUCGGGCAUAUCCGCCUGGUUCCCUUCACUGAACAACACCUGAUCCUAGACUUUAAGGAUGACUGGUAACUGACUUAAUUUCCUUAUUUUAAGCCGUCGGAUGGUGUGAGCGAGAUGCCAGAUAUUUAUUAGCUGAUAAAAUUAUGUUAUUUUGUGUUUGAUUACUAUUUAACUGAGGUAAGUGAAACUUUAAAACGUCUUCAUUUGUACGACUACAUAAAUUCGAAUUGAAUUCGAAUUGUUUUGUACUUAUAUAAAACAUUAUUUUUUGGACAUUCGCAAAAAUAACCCUUAUCAUAUAACCACAUAGAUGAAUGUGGCCAUUAAAUUGAAUACAAUUAUGAUAUUAAACUUAGUAUAAAAUGUCUGGCGAAAAGCUUGCGGUGUCUGGCGUUAUUCCUAUUUUAUAUUUGUUUCUUAUAGGCACUAACAUGUGCACAAUAGCGUCAAACGAUAUCGAAUAAAAUGAUAGAUUGUUAUCCGUAUUAAGUUUAUUUCAAUAUUGAUUAUUUUCGUACAUCGGUAUAUUUUUAAAGAGAAAAGAAAAACAUAUUUUAUGCGUUUUGUUAAUCAUUUGUGAUAUUAUUUUCUCUAUUACUUACGUUACUGUUGUAUUUAAAAUUAUUUAAAAGUAUUUUUUAUUGAUUAUUAUAAUUAUGAAUUAUAAGUAUUACUUGCAAUUGCAAUAAGUAUUGUAAUCUUUAUUUUGGUAUUUAAUGUUUUAAUUAAAACGUUGUAAUUAAUUAUAUUGGUGGUAAUUCCUUUAAACACCAUCUAAUUUUAUUUUAAGUUAUAUUAUCUGUAAUUUUCUUAUCCGCAGAAAAGGAAAAGGUCGGAUAAUCGACAGGCAUAACAUUAUGGCAUUUAUAACAUUUAUGGAUCACUCGUAAAUUUUAGGCAGAAAUCUAAAACAACCCUCUAAUAAUUUUACAUUGGCCAAUAAUUAAGUUGACAUACCAGCGAGAUACCUAUUUGAUUCGCCCGGGUAAUUCAUUCAUUAACUCGUUCAUUUUAAAAUUGACGGCAAUCAUCCGUCUCUUUCCUUUUCGGCGGAUAAGAAAAUGAGAGGUAUAACAUAAAAUUAAGUGGUGUAUACAGUAAUUAAAACCAUUGUAUAGGUAUAAAAAUGGAUAGUUUAUUAAAAUUGCCUUAAUAGUUGCUAGUCAUUCUUUGAAUACGAAUAUUUAUGUGAAAUUUAAAUGUGAAAUAUUGAUGUUAUUUUUGUUUGCAUUAUUGGUUGAAAAUAUAAUCCAAAUUAUGACAAUAUGGCAAUUGAUUUUUUUAGUAAAUACAUAGGCACUUAGCGGGACAAAUGUGAAGCAAACGCGAGACCUAUGGAAUUCACAAAAUAUUGUAAAUUAUGAUGACAUUUAGAACUACCCUCCUUUUAUGCUUAGCUAUCGAAUAAAAUGAUGAACACUGCCAGUCAAUAUAUCCUAUAUAUAAGGCCUUCUCGAUUUUGUAAAACUUUGGCUGCUGUUAUGCGUAAAAGCUUAUGAAGACCCGUGAACGAAUAGACUAAUAUUGUAAGUCUCGAGUGUUACAUUCACACGGAUAACUAAUAGCUUAAGAAUAACGCAGGUGUAGGUACGGCCACGGUAAUAGGGUAUUUUUCAACUAGUCAAAUCAGUUACUUUUUACUCAACGUCAAAACAAGAAAUUACUGUGGAAUUUGUAUGAAAAAGCAACCUGUGACUAGCGAGCGAUAAUUGUAACAGGCAUCUUACGACCUACCUUAUCGAUGUAGUAACCAUAGUAACACUUAAUCAUUUGCAAAUCUCUGACUGUGAAUUUUGUCUGACAUUUGAUUCUUGACUCCUUCAAAAUAAGAUGUAAUGGCUGUUCAAAUAAAAUGCAAUAUCGGUUAUAGAGUGUCGUCACACGCCAGAUGCGCCGCGGAAUUUAUUUUUUUCAGAGAUUGGUUGUUGAUUGGUUGUCUGUUAUACAAGGUCUAUUGUUACAUAUUUAUGCUAUGUCUGCCUACCCAUCCGUGCUCGUACCUUAUGUACAUUGUUAUAUUAAUGCUGGUGGAAUACAGCAGCAGCGUCAAUUGAAGGCACCGUUUUGUAGAUAAUGUUUAUAUGAGAUCUGUCAACGUGUGUAGUCUAGUCUUGCUUGUUAAUACUACGGCUUAAGGCGGCCUCUUUUUGGAGCGAAGCUUGGGAAGCGAAGUGGAGAUGGGAAGUGAAAUUAGUUAUAUAUUCAUAUAAUCUGUCGAGCCUACUUUUGGUAAAGAAGGAUUAUGAAAGAUUUUCAUAUUAGAAGUUCUAUAUUCCUGUGGACUCCUAUAUCCCUCAUCAACCCUACUAGCAGGGUUAUUAUUGAGCCGCCAAAAGUCCUUGAAAUACAGUAGCUGGGGCUGACUGCUUAACGUGCCCUCCGAAGCACGAACAUUCUGUAAUAUCCUGACCAAACCAUGGAUAGUCUCACGAAGCUAUUUUUGUUAGACGUACCCCACCAGGAAUCGAACCCAUAACCUCCGGAUUGUGAGCCUAACAGUGGUAUUAGAAGCAGACUUGUGUAAUUAUUGGUUAAGAGAGUAAAAUUGGUGUAGUAGAAAGAAGAAUGAGAGGUCAACCAAAGAGACGCAUUAUUUCCGUUUAUGGAUAAUUCCGCUGCAACCUUCCUCUCUGCUGUGUUUUCACUUCACUCUAUUCCUACGUUCCACUUCAUUUCUCUUCUCCGCUCUAAGGAAAAGGCAGCUUUAUAAUAGAAUCGUGUAUGUAUUUAUAAAUUUAUACCGUCGUUACAACAGAGUUUAUUUUUGGUUGUUUAAACGCCACAUUAUAUAGUCGAGGCAGUAUGUUUCUUUCUUCCUUUCUUUUAGUAAAUUAAACAUGAAAGAAGCGUUACUCGAGUUUUGUAUAGGGACAUGUCACAAAAAUUGCCCCAAUCUAUUAAUUUAGUAAAAAAAUAUUCCCCAUUCUUCUUUUUCAUAUCAUACCUGUAGGCUAUUGCUAUUGCUUCUAUGAUGUUCUGAGAGCAUAUAAAAAACAUAGAACACGUUCAGCUGCUUCUCUUCCCGGGCAUGUCGUAAAAACCGACAGAGGGAUUGUGUCCUCUAACAUGAUGGACUAAUGUUAUGGGCGAUAGGCUGAUCCCUUAUCACCAUAAGGUUCAUCAUAUCCAUCUUUGGACUUCGUAUCAACAGUGGCUGCAAGUUGUCUUUGAUUACUUGUGGCUCUGCCCACCCCAUUAGGGAUUACGGGCGUGAGUUUAUGUAUGUAUGUAUGUACCUGUAGGCUAUUGCCAUCGUGGUGAAAGGUUUCGCCAAACUACAUUAGAUUUUGACUCGGAUAGUUUGAGGUGCUCAUUAGUAAAGCACGCCUAAUGUGCCCAAGUAAUGUGAGACUUUCCAGGCGACAUUCCUCAAAAACAAUAUAGAUGGCGCUAUAAAGAUUUUCCUUCGUUUCACCUUCUAAUUUCAUGGAUAACAGACAUAUGCACCCGGAUGAGAGCCUUCAGCGCUCCCCAUUUGUCCGGCCAAGUAGUUAAUGCCAUCUGCGGCAAAUCUACAAUAAGUCACGUCAAAAAAAAAAGACUUAUGCAUAUUUUAUCUCUGUGUUUGGGUAUAAGUAAUGACCGUUUUUAUAACACCCAGACACAAUAUAUAGAAUAAGAAUAAAAUAAAAUUUAUUGCCAGUAACAAUUAAUCAUUUGCAAAUCUCUGACUGUGAAUUUUGUAACGGUCUGACAUUUGAUUCUUGACUCCUUCAAAAUAAGAUGUUAUGGCUGAUCAAAUAAAGUGCAAUAUCGGUUAUACAGUGUCGUCACAUACCGUAUAGCUUGUGACCAGAUGCGCCGCGGACAUUUUUUUUUUUCAGAGAUUGGUUGUUGAUUGGUUGUUCUCUGUCUGUUAUACAAGGUUACAUAUUUAUGCUAUGUCUGCCUUCCCAUCCGUGCUCGUACCUUACGUACAUUGUUAUAUUAAUGCUGGUGGACAGGUCCACCCAUUAUUAUUUGAUCAAAAUAAAAGAAGCAGCGUAGGUUACAUAACUCUAUACAUAAUGUGAUCCAUAUAUCAGGUCUUCUUAUCUUAUUCAGCCUAUACGAUCCCACUGCUGGGCAAAGGCCUCCCCUUGAAAUAUCAGGUAACAAUUAUUUUUAUAAUGCUUCUGCCAUUACAUUGUAUUUUUGAAUAAUUGUGUACCCGUUAAAUCUAGACAGCGCCAUCUAUAUUAUUUUUGGGGGACGCACCCUGGAAAGGCCUUUAUUACUGUCAAGCUUCGUCCCUUUUCUUGAGCGACAUGUGUCCCUGCAGACAGCGGGCGAAAUCGCUUCACAUCGCACGACAUCUCGCGAUUUUGCCAUUAUAGCUGCGGGCAUAGCACCGUAAGCGUGCGACUCUUUCUCGUCUCGACAUACGUCACCCGUCACUCUCUCACAGUAUUGCACAGAAAGAGACAGAUGAUUUCUGUCGCGGCGAGAAAGAGUCGCGUGCUUACGGUGCUAAGCUAAGCUUGCUGGUGACAGAAAUCGUCGGACGAAAUCUAGCGAUGACGUACAAAUGUCCUCUAGUGGUGACGUGGCUUUAUUGGCGGUUUCGUCAGAAAAAGUACUUCCCCACUUAAAUAUCGAAUAUUACUUGUUUCGUGUUUAAUCUGUACUUUACGAACAAUCCAUCUUAUGGACUGAACAAAAUAACUGUUUUGACUGUAUAAGUGGAGUUUAUAAAGGAGAUAUAUGUAUAUAUUAUAAUCAGAUGAAACCUAUUUUUUUAUUUAAAGAAUUUGUUUUGCAUCGUAAUUAUUGAGUUGUUGUUUAAUUAAUAUAAUUCUAUGAAUAAAAUAUGACAAGAUAUAA